AUGCCUCUCAAGUGGUUUCGACACAGUCCCGACUGCAGCGCGCUCGAAGACGAGCUCGUGCCAUCGACGAUGAAAGACGCCACGUCGACGCACAAAGCCAAGUGGGGCAAGUCGAGUACCCACCGCCUGCACCGGUCGCACUCGCAGGGCCCGGGCCUCUGUGCGCUCAUGGGCCUGACCGGCUCCACGAGCCACGACGACCUCCACGCAGCUGCGACGGGGGCCACGGAAGACGACCAGCGACGGCUGUUGUACCAAGCAAAGACGCGUCGCCGGUUCACGAUCCACGGGUUCACUUCCCACUCGAAGCAAAGUGACCUCGAGCGAAGGUGUUGCAGCACGUCACUCGCUUCGUCGUCCCAAGUGCCGAUGGCCAAGUCGCUCGACCGCACGCAGUCGUACUCGAGUCGAGGCGGCCACGGACGGAGUCCACGUUUGCUGCCUAUGAACACGCCCCGGCAGACGGCGCACCCGUCCAUCAUCUUUAUUGACUGCCCACCUUAA